UAACGCACUUUUCAUUUUGUUUGCACAUGCAUAUACUCUUCUUUUUAAUGUACCUGCCAGGUAAGGCUCCGGAAAACUCUUCAUUCGGCCAUUCGAUAAGACAGACAGUUUCUUUAUUCAGUGUUAGCAGCUGGUAUGUAUGAAAAGUACGGAAAAGAGUGAGUAUUAACACGGGACAGGUACUGAACACUUCAAAAGGUCACGUGAAAAUAGGAACUGUUCCAUGACCUGAGAGUUCCACCGAUCCUAUUGUGUCUGCAAAGAUGCCCCUGUUUCAAGGCUCCUCUGCCCAUGCGGUGAAGGACCGGCCCAAGUGGAGGAAGACUCUGCGCAGUAGGGUGUCAGAGGAGGACGACUCGUUGGCUUCACUGACGCAGCUUUGUCUGCUGAGCUUGGCUGACAAUAUGAAGAAGGUGUGGGUGAAGGAUUAUGCUGACAACUACAUGGAUAUCUAUUCUUUCAGAUACAUCAUGGGGCCUUUCAAUUUCCUCUCGGGUGAGCUGGUGGAGGAGCUGACAUGUCUGCUGUGCUCUCAAAAGAAGCUUUCCCGUGCUGCCCUCCACCUCCUGCUAGUGCCACAGCUGAGAGGUCUAUCUCUGGAAAAAUUCCCUGGUCUGGUCACCCCCGCCCUGUGUGCCAUUAUUGCAGCACGGUGCCAGGGGCUCCACCGCCUCAACCUAUCCGGAGCCCAGCAACUUCCAUCCAAGGCUCUAUCAGAGACACUCCGGUGUCUCCCUGUGCUGCGUUCACUUUCCCUGUCGGGCACUUCAUGCGACAGCGGCAUCAUCCGGACCAUCGUCUUUCGGUGCCCUUUGCUGCGCCAUUUGGAUGUAUCCGGGUGUCACUUUCUCCCCCCCGCUGCACUCCUUCCCCUUGGAGCUCUCCUUCCAUCGUCUACGUGUUCGCCUUCCAGCUCCUCCUCUUGCACGUCGGUGUCUCCGCUGCCUCUCUGUAGUUUGCUGGCUCUUGAUAUCGGCUUUGGGGAAGAGGAGGGAGACCUUGCGGCGGUGGUGGCCUACCUGCUCCUUUCUCUGCCCCACCUGGAGAGGCUGGCCGCGGAGGGACUCUCACAGGCUUGCCGGCUGAUCCAUCGCAGAGACUUUACACAGGUGAAUUCAUUCGCUGUUCGAGAAGGGCUACCCAGGUUGGAGGAGGUGUGGAGGGAUAGGAGGCGCAUGCAGCACACUGAUUCAUGGAAGACGAGGAGGGAAGGAGCUCAAGAUGGUUAUGAUAGUGAGAGUGAUGAUGAUGAGGAGGAUGAGAAAGAUUUCUCUCAGAAUGUAACAAAUGAGAAAAAUGGUGAUGACCGCAUAAUACUGCGCUUAAGAGAUGUCAAAGGUUUAACAUGUGAGUAUUUGGACAGUUUUGGCUGUUUAUGCCCAAAUAUCAGAUCCAUAUCUGUGAAUGCUGAAGACGAAGAGGACCUUGGAGGUAGAAAUCUUGCGUCUCUUUUAGCCACGGGGCUGCAGUCGUGGUCUGGUCAGCUGAGAAGCCUCUCUGUGCACCACCAAGGCCCUCUCCUGGAUCUCCUUCCAGCGUUGCAAGUGUCAGGUUCCUCUCUCAUCUCUCUCACUUUGGAAGGAGUGAGAACAAACCGUCACUCUCCUCUCCUGGAGCUCAUCCGGGCAUGUCCCAAACUCAAAGUCUUACUCAUCAGUGCAGGGCCUCCCCACGCGUUGCUGGAUCAAGAGCCGGAUGAACGCGAGCUUCCAAGUCUGCCGAACCUUUGCUCUCUGACACUCAAUUUCUCAUAUGAAAACAACCAAAUGCGGCCCCCCAUGUACUGGAUGUCCCUAGUGAACGUGGUUCGUUGCCUCCUGACUGGUUCCCCUUUACUCCAGAGGGUCUCUUUGGUGUCUUUACCGUGUCCACUGAACAACAUCCUGCAACGUGUACUGCGCUGCGGCGACCUACACCCGCAUUUUGGAGCUUCUAAUACCUCUCUUCCCAUCCCACUUGGACGAGUACAACAUCUUGACCUGCAAAGAACAGAUGUGAAGAUGAUUACCGUGAAAAACAUAAUACAGCAGAGCAAGAGACUGAAGUGUGUAGAUUUGAGUCGCUGCUGGAAAAUCAGUUACCAAGAGUGGGCAGACUGCAAAAGGUUAAGUACAGUAAAAGUUAUCUGGCUGUAGCCAGGAUGCAUGCAGAUUUUAAUGUAAUUGAAAUGACUGCAUUUUUAAUUGAGCUAUUUAAACGGCAAAGCAGGCUUUUCCGAACUGAAAAUCCUGCUGUGUAUGUGGACAUCAAAAGGCAACUUUGCCACGAGCGUACAGUAAAUACUGUACAUUUACAUUUCAUGCUGCACAGUUGAUUAUGCUGGGUUGCAAAAAAAAAAAACUAAAUUGUUUUUAAACUCUUUUAGGACAACUAAGCAUCACUGAAUCUGAAAAUUUCAGAUUUAAUGCCAAGUUGUUGAGUUUAUUAAUCAAAUUUGACCAACGUUGUUUCCUGUAAAUUGAAUAGUUGACAUUGAUGAAAGUAAUCAUCAUCACUGUUAAAAAUUCAAGGCAUGAACCUCCAUUUAUUUGAACCUCUAAUGCAAAACAUCUGUACAGUACAUGUAAACAAAUGCGGCCAUAGUUCAUAAAGUUGAUGUUAUUGAUCAAAAACAAUAUUUCUAGAUUCAGCACAUCAGAAUUGUCCUGAAUUAUCUUUACAAAAAUCUUAGAUAAUAAAUUUGUAUUUUACCAGUUAUAGAUAGUGUUGAAUUAAAAAUACUGUACCAGAUUACUAUAAUCCAAAUACUAAAAACUAACUCUGUUAAAUGUAGGUAUUUGUGAUUAUUUUUUUUAAAUUAUGAUGUGAAUAGUUCUGUCUCUGUAAGUCGAGCAUGUUGUCCAGUGACUGAAGAGUAAUUGGUUUGAAUCCCGGUGCCGACUGUCCGCUUGUCGAAGUGUCCUUGAGCAAGACAAUGAACCCCUAAUUUGCUCCCAGUGGGGUUGGCAGCGCCUUGCGUGGCAGCAGUCGGCCGUUGGUGUAUGAGAGGGUGAAUGUAAAGCACUUUUGGCAGUGUGAUGGUGCUGGUGUGAUGGUUACUAUAUGUAAAUGUACUUUGGGAAUUUUGAUACAUUUUGUGGAAAAGCCAUCUAUCCAUUUCCUACAGCGCUUACCAUGAGCUUUUCCAGGCCCUCUUUGGAAUACUCAAUCUUCUUUUUUUUUUUUCCUGUUGGCUCGUCCCGUUAGGUGUCGCCACAGCGUGUCAUCUUUUUCAUUCUAAGCCUAUCUUGUGCAUAUUCCACUGUUUUAAUGUUUUCCUUCACAACAUCCAUCAACCUUCUCUUUGUCUUCCUCUUGCUUUUUUGCCUGGCAGCUCCAUCCUCAGCACCCUUCUACCAAUAUACUCACUCUCUCGCCUCUGGACAUGUCCAAACCAUUGAAGUCUGCAGUCUCGAACCUUGUCUCUAAAACAUCCAAAUUUGGCUGUCCCUCUAAUGAGCUAAUUUCUAAUCCUAUUCAUCCUGCUCACCCCGAGGGACAACCUCAAAAUCCUCAUUUCUGCCACCUCCAGCUCUGCUUCCUGUUGUUUCUUCAGAGCCACCAUAUCUAAUCCGUACAUCAUUGCCGGCCUCACAACUGUUUUAUACAUUUUGCCCUUCAUCCUAGCACAGACCCUUCUGUCACAUAGAACACCUGACACCUUCCGCCAGCUGUUCCACCCUGCUUGGACCCGUUUCUUCACUUCCUUACCACAUUCACCAUUGCUCUGGAUUGUUGACCCCAAGUAUUUGAAGUCGUCCACCCUCACUAUCUCUUCUCCCAGGAACUUCACUCUUCCUCCUCAGCCCCUCUCAUUUUUACUGCAUUUCAUCUUAGUUUUUUUGUUUGUAGGUAGGAAUAAACUGACUUUUUUUUUUCUUUAGCUUGGAAAUGUUUCAGAUGGUCAGUUACUGUACAGCAACACUCCUCUGUUUGAAUGAUUAUGUCGUACAUGUUAGUAGUGUAUUUUCAAUGUACUACUGACUCCAUUCACCUUUAUAACUCCUAUUAGUAACCAGAGAGGGAGGAGUAGAUUGUAUUUUAUACACAGUACAUUAGCAUUCUUGAAAGUCAUUUUGUGUUAUUUUGUUUUAGAUUUUUACAUUGCUUUUCUGUCAAAACUCCCAAGGUCCGUUUGUGGUAUUUUCUCUACUUCCAUGCGUUCCACUGAUUAGCUGUAGUAAGGCUUGCCAUCUGAUUACGAUUGCACUCAUUUCCAACUACGUGGCAACCUGUUUGUGCAGUCACAAUACAGACAGAGAGGUGUGCACAUCUCCCAGCAGCUCAACACGAUCACUAUCUGCAAACAGAAAGCCAGCAUGGUAGGAAUGAAGAGGAUUUGUGCUGACUUUUUUUCUUAACCUUGUAACCAUGGGGAUACCAUUGUAAGUGCUAAUUCUUUUUAUGCAGUCCCCCCCCCCCCCCCCCCAGUUUUCAAAGCUUGUAACUAUUCCACUUUUCUCACUCACGUUCUCACAAAAACUUGAUCUGAUUGAUAAAAGCUGAGAUUAGUUUUGGAUUCCGCCCCCCAAAAUUCAUUCGAAACAGCUGUCAGACCAAGCUCAGCAAAAAUUGUGUUCCGCAGUGUUCGGAAUACUUGCACAUUAAACUGAUGACUGUUUAUUUCAGUUAAUUAUGACUAUUUGAUUGGAUUUGAACGUCAGAAAACAGGUAAAACUGUUGAUUAUUCCAAAGGAGAAGCUGAUGCUCGAAAAUGUCUUAUUCUGAUGAAACAUCAACAAUAACAGACUGCUGUCAUGAAAGAUGGAAAUCUGACAAUAAUUAUUAAGAGGCUGAAAUCUGAUGAUUUCAACAAUUUUAAGUGAAACAAUCGCUGCUCUAAGCAAUGUAUUGAUUAUUAAAUCAUAUAUUGAUUAAUUGGCACACCUCAAAUGCAAUCGCAUGUUAUGAGAAAAUGUAAUAUUUGCCCUGUGUAAUGUAAAUAAUAUUUUCGCAUAAAAUGCAAUUGAGUUACACCUUUUAAUUUAACUACUGUAUUAAUUUAAACAUAUAUAUAUGU